AUGAAUAUAUUCUCCUUCUAUUAUUUUGAUGCUUCUAAAAAAUAUGUUUGCGCUAAAACUAUAGAAUUAGUUUUCAUGGAAUAAAUAUUGGCAUAAGAUAAUAUAACAUUUGUAGAAUAAGUCUUGCUUCAUAUAAGAGAUACUUUAUUAAAGGUCUCCUAAUCCAUUAAAUCUAGAAAAUUGAUGGUUUCCGUUUUUUAUUUGCGCAACAGUGUUUAUAUUAUGAUACCAAAAGAAUGCCAUAAAAUAAGUGAGUUUAGAGAUUUUUGGUUUCUUUUAGUUUGGAGAACUAUGUUAUUGAUCUAUGUAUAUCAAAAUUUAGUAUGA